AUGAGCAACAAAUCUGUCACUUAAUCUGAAAGAGUAAAUGGUGAAUCUGCAUUUAAAACUUAAAUUACUACCAAAUACAAACUCACUUUUAUCUUUUAUGACAUAAACAUAGAGAACAGAAAACUUAUAAUGUCAGGCUAUAUUAAGAAGAAAUUGCUGGAUAGGAGUAUCCACUCUCUAUACAGUUACAAGAAGUAGAAAAAUAAUUACCCUACUCUGAAAGUGAUAGUAUUCAAGAAACCCUCCUUUGAUCCUUUUGAUCAUACUGAUUAUAUUUAGUUUAAAAAAUGA